CGUGUCUAUGUGCAGGUUGUGUGAGUGACACAGACAGACAGGCAGGUGAGGCAGGUAGGUACCUCUUUUCUGCUGAAGAUGUGGUCAUGGCUUCUGGCUUUUGUGAAAAUUGCUCCCGACUGCUCAAAGAAUUCAUCGUUCAUUUGAGGAAAGUUUGCAGAGAGUUUGAGCAGAAAAUAAGGGAGGUUUUCAGGGAACUUUGUCAGUGCACCUGCUUCAGGAAGAAUACACCUGAGAGGAGUUUCCUCGUGAGGAGAAGGACGCGAGAGGUGCUCUCUUUACACCUGCUGUAUGAUGAUGAACCACUAAAUCAGGAAAGUCUACAGACACUGAGCAGACUUGCAACCUCAGAAAACACUGAUCUACAAAUGACUGCAGCCGUGUAUUAUUUACACCUCAGUCAUCACUUGAAAUCGCCCUUACCAGACGCCUUCAUGGAGCCCGUCAUGACCUUACUUUUAUCAACUGACCUAGAUGUGCAAAAGACUACCUCUCUCUCCUUGGUCAAUCUGUUAGUCAAGAAUAAUGUGUGCAAAGAGUUGGUGAUUGAAAUGGGGAUGCUGGUGCCGAUACUGGAGUUGUUCCAGUCUGGUGAUGCCGCCGCUCAGUGUCACUCGUGUGCCUGCGUUGCCUUGCUGGCCUCCUCAGAAUCAAACCUGGAAGCCAUCAUGGUGGAUGGAGUCAUGCCACUGUUAGCGUUAGCAAAAUCCUACGAGCCACCGGUGCAACAGAACGCCACCUGGGCUCUGUUGCACCUCACCCAGUCAGAUUGGUCAAUGAGGAUCUUGUGUCAAGCAGGAGCCAUUCCUAUCCUGGUUCUUCUGCUGCAGUCCUCAGAUUCACAGGUUCAGUUUAACAGCUGCAGCGCUCUGUGCAACAUCGCCGCCGUCCAGGAGCAUCACCCAAAGCUGUUCAGCUUCGGGGGGCAUUUUUUGUUAAAGUCUCUUUUGACUCUCGUGUCUUCCUCUGUGCAAAAGAAUUCAACCCAAGCAUGUAGAUGCCUACAAACUCUCUCAAAGAACGUUCUGAUCCAGGAGCAGCUGAUGGAGCUCGACUGUGUGCUGCCUCUGAAGGCGGCGCUGCUGAAAACCUCUUCUCCUGUGUGGAUAGAAUCAGCCAUAACACUACUGUCUGCGCUGUCGGCACACCCACCAAACAAUGACAUCCUGGUGAGUGAAGGACUGUUGGAGGAAAUCGGUCAGCUGCUUCAUCAUCACACAUCCAGCUCUGUCAUUGUCACACAUAGCUGCAAGAUAAUCACCGACCUGUGUAGCUCCAAUAUGGGUCAGCAGGCUGUGAUGGAAAGUCAGUGUUUAUCAGGACUCCUCGGGGUCCUUCUGUCUCCGUCCCUGUCAGAUGAGACUCUGCUACAUGUGACAUCUUGCUUACAUAACCUCAUGACCUGGGAUCCACGUCAGUCUAAUGUGUCGGUGACAAUAACAUCAGAGCAAGUUUCAAGACUUGUGAAGUUGUCGGGACAAAUACAAAAUCCCCAGCUGUCCUACAACAGUGCGGCCAUCAUCAACAAACUAGAAAUGACUGGGGAGGUGGUCCAGUUGCUGAGACCUCACUACAUCACCAUGUCGGAGUACCUGUUGGUGUUUCUCAAAAAGAAAGAUGUUAAGUUGCAGCAGCUUGGCAUAGUUACAGUAUUCAACCUCAAGAAAGAUGGAGACUUUUCCUCUCUGUUGGCUAACAGCGAGCUGGAGGCUCAGCUCUGGAAGGUGCAUGCGCAGACGGAAGAAACCAGACGGCUGCUGCAAAUGAUUCAGCCCCUCUCUCCAUCCUCUGUUAACCCUUGACUAUCUCAGCACAAACACUGAGAGAUGUGCUCAGUGUUUACAUUCAUGCACUGUUUAGACAAGCAGCAUUUUUAUAUUGUGUUUUAAUAUUUUAUUUCAUUGAUUUUAUGUUUACAGUCAACACAUUAAGUGAGAAACAAGGCAGUGAUGCGGCAUAGUAUCAACUUUAAUGAAAUAUGGCAUAUAUUUCAACAUUUUAACAGGUUAACAAGUGAUAGUUAUAAGCAGUACUUAAACUACAAGAUCAAAUAUUGAUGAUCAGAUACAUUUGCUUUUAUAUGCUUUCAUUAUAAUAAACUCGCUUAAUCUCUA